CCAACUUCGAUGCAUCAAUCAUGGGCGGCGAUACCAGCAUGCCCGACGCCGAGGCGGUGCGUGAGAACACGCUCAUGUACGGCCACGACAAGGAGCUGGAUGAGAAAUACCCAACUCGGCCCUUGAACGUGCACAAGACGCCGCCAUUCCACACUUUCUUCACAGAGCUGUUCAAUCUAUUGAUGGAAUCUCAAAAGAGGAAGCACCCAGUUGGACCACGUCGCAAAGCUGGACCAUCAGGUCACUCUAACCUCUCGCCGCACGAAGCCAAGAGGAACAUCAUCGAACGCUUCAUCAAAGACUGGCGCAAAAAUGUCGGCAACGACUUCUACCCCGCCAUGCGACUAAUCAUCCCAGAGAAGGAUCGUGAUCGCGCCAUGUACGGUCUGAAGGAGAAGGCCAUCGCCAAAAUCUUGAUCAAACUCACCAAAAUCAGCAAAGACUCGGACGAUGCAAAACAGAUGCUUAACUGGAAGCUGCCUGAUCAGCUGUACAAAGCAGCCUCAUCAACGGCUGGCGACUUUGCCGGUCGCUGCUAUGAGGUCUUAUCUACACGCCAGAUGCGAACUCAAUACAGUGACAUGAGCAUCGCCGAAGUCAAUAAUGCCUUGGAUAAGCUGUCGCAGGUUGGUUCUGAGGACGAACAGGUCAAGAUCUUCAACAGGUUCUACAGAAGGAUGAACGCCGAAGAGAUGACCUGGCUGAUCCGUAUGAUUCUUCGCCAGAUGAAGAUUGGAGCUACGGAGAAGACGUUCCUCGAUAUGUGGCAUCCUGAUGCUGAGCAACUCUUCAACAUCUCCUCGAAUCUUAGACGAGUCUGCUGGGAGCUGUAUGACCCAAUGGUUCGACUUGAAGGUGAUGACACAGGCCUCAGUGUGAUGCAAUGCUUCCAGCCCCAGCUGGCGCAGUUCCAGGACAAGGUCGGCUCAUUUGAGAAAAUCGUAUCGAGGUUUCAGCAGAACCCUGACGAUGACAACUUUUGGAUCGAAGAGAAGUUGGAUGGCGAGCGGAUGCAAUUACACAUGAUGGAAGAUCCAGAGGCACCAGGCGGCAGGCUCUUCGGUUUCUGGUCACGCAAAGCCAAAGACUAUGCCUACCUUUAUGGCAAGCACCUCGAAGGUGAGGAAGCCGGCGCCUUGACACGAUUCAUUGCAGAUGCGUUCGGGAAGAACAUUCGCAAUAUCAUCCUCGACGGCGAGAUGAUUACUUGGGACAUGGAGACCGAUCACAUUGUUGGUUUCGGUACGUUGAAAACUGCAGCGAUAUCGGAAAAAGAGAACAAGACCAACAAGAACACUGGUCAACGCCCUCUUUUCCGCGUGUUCGACUGCGUAUAUCUCAACGACAAGCUCUUGACUCCAUACAUGUUGCGAGACCGCCGCCGAGCACUAGAGGGAGCGGUCAAGAAUGUUCACCAUCGUCUGGAGAUCCAUCCUUAUAUCGACGCGCGUUCGCACACUGAGGUCGAACCAGCAUUACGAAAGGUCGUAGCUGAGUCCUCAGAAGGCCUGGUCCUAAAGAACCCUCGCUCCAUGUACCGUCUCAACGAACGUAACAACGACUGGAUGAAGGUUAAACCAGAGUACAUGUCUGAAUUCGGUGAGUCUCUCGACUGUGUCGUCAUUGGUGGUUACUAUGGUUCAGGUCAUCGAGGCGGUGCUCACUCCUCCUUCCUUUGCGGAUUACGCGUCAAGCAACAUGCCAAACCGGGAGAUCUGGACUACGAGAAAUGCUUCUCAUUCUUCAAAGUUGGAGGAGGGUUCAGCCGUGAGGACUAUGCCGCCAUUAUAGGUCGCACUAAGGGCAAAUGGAAAGACUGGGAUCCCAAACGUCCGCCACCUACCAUCGAGCUCGGUGGCCAUGCAGAGAACCGACAAUACGAGCGACCCGAUCAGUGGAUCCUUCCCAGCGACUCCGUCGUCCUCGAAUGCAAAGCAGCGAGCGUAGAGAGCAGCGACAAAUUCCGCAUGGGUCGCACGCUCCGCUUCCCACGCUUCAAGCGUCUACGCGUGGACAAGCGUUGGGACCAAGCCCUGAGCAUCCACGAAUGGAUCGAAUUGCAAGACAAUGUAGAACAAACCCUUGAAGAAAAACAACAGGAAUUUAAGAUCGAGCAAUCGCGCCGCAAGAAAGCAAGAACUACCAAAAAGCCCCUCGUAAUCUCCGGCAACGAAACAAUCACCACCCCUUACGCAGGUCCAGAGUCAAAGCUCUUCGAAGGCCUGACCUUCUACAUCAUGACCGACCAACUCUAUCCCGUUAAGAAAACCAAAGCAGACCUCGAAACCCUCGUCAAAGCCAACGGCGGCAAAAUCGUCCAGCGCGACUCGCCCGACGAAAACCUCGUUAUCGUCGCCGAUAAGCGGCUUAUCAAAGUCGCAUCCCUCGAAAAGCGCAACCAAAACAACAUCAUCAAACCAAUAUGGCUGUCAGACUGCAUUGCUCAGGACGAAGCAGAUAUCGGCGCACUACCGUAUCUCCUACCUUUUGAGCCGAACCGGCAUAUGUUCUUCCUCCACGAUAACGACCUCGAAGUCGUAGAAGGCCAUGUCGACGGGAACGGCGACUCGUACGCACGAGAUAUCGGCGAUAUCGAUGAAAUGAGGAAGUUGUUGGAGGGUAUGCAGAAGCCGAAUGCGAAGAAGGGGUUUGAUAAACAAGGGUUUCUUGGUCAACUUCAGGGCCACGGGGAAGAUGUUACGAAGCUGAAGAGCUAUAUGUUUGUUAAUGCCAAGGUUGCUGUUCAGAUUAACGAAGAUCCUGCAUGGAGUCUCAAAGCGAAUGUUGCGGCGAACUAUAUACGGUUUGGUGGGGGCGAGGUGGUGGAGAGGGAUAGUGCGAGGGGUGUCACGCAUGUUGUCGUUCCGGAUGGUGAUCAGGCGAGUAGUACUCAGGUUACGGGUAUGGCGAGGGUGGUGGGUGUUGCGUGGGUUGAGAAGUGCUGGGAGGAAGGCACGAUGGUCGAUGAGGAGAGGUUCCAGUGGGGGUGAUGGGGCGACAUCGACUGAAAGUGCAGCGUAGCGAUGCCACA